AUGCCCCGCGACACGACAAAGUCUCUGCCCUCCCGCCCGCCUCCCGCCCCGUAUCCGGCGCGCCGCCCAUUGCCAGAGACACGAACGCCCACCAAAGAACAAGCGACCCCGACCAAGCCCAAGUCUUCUGCGCAGGCUCGCUCCAAGACCAACGCAUCCCCGUCCCGCGGCGCCGCUGCCCUGUUCAUCCCCAAAAGCCACGGCCGCGGCGCCGCUGUGGAAGGCGUCCAGGGCUCUCCCUCCCGCACUCGUAGGACCAUUCAGUCCAUGCGCCUCGAGCUCGCCAACCGGCCGUUCCCUGCUCCUGCGCCGCCCGUAGAAGGCCUCCGAGGGAAAGACUACACUCCUUCUGACAUCACGAGCCCCGAUGGCAAGAAAGUCCUCAAAAAGACUCUGCGCCCGGAACCGAAGUGUAAAACCGCGCUGAAGAGGUUCGACUCCAUUAUGAUUAUGGAAGCCCCCAGGGAAAAGGGACGAGCUUAA